AUGAGAAUACUUGUUGCCUUUGUUUUCAUCGCUGUAGCGACCAUCAACAUUAGCUUCUGCAAAGGAAGCUCUUCUGUUGGUUGCCUCCAAAGCGAGAGACUAGCACUUUUAAGGUUCAAGCAAGAUCUCACUGAUCCUGUGAAUCGGCUUGUCUCUUGGACUUCUGAUCAUGAAGAUUGCUGUGCAUGGUCUGGUGUUGUCUCAUUUGCGUUCAUUGGACUUAAGCGAGUAGAGAUUCCCAGAUUUCUCUGCGUGGACUUACUUCAGAACUGUACAAAGUUAGUUAAACUUGAUAUUGGUGAAAAUGAGUUUGCUGGAAAUGUCUCUGUGUGGAUGGGAGAAAGAUUUUCAAGAAUAAAAAUUCUCAUCCUUCGAUCAAAUAAGUUUCAAGGUCUUUUACCAAGGGAACUUUGCCACCUCACUUCUCUACAAAUCUUAGAUUUGGCUUAUAACAAUUUAUCUGGAAACAUAUCAAGGUGUAUCAGUAACUUCAACGCCAUGAUGAGAGAGAGUGAAAUGGAUGAUGAUAUAGAGUGCCCGUCUAAUGAAUAUUUUAAUUCAAAUUUUAUGGAGGAUGCAUCACUUGUGAAUAAAGGUGAAAUGGCUAAAUAUAAUACGAUUUUGAAAUUUGUAAGAAUGACAGAUCUUUCAAAAAAUAACUUCUCUGGAAGUAUUCCUAUGGGAGUGAUGGAUCUUUCAGCGUUGCAAUCACUGAAUUUGUCUCACAAUUCUUUGACUGGCAGAAUUCCAGAGAACAUUGGUGCUAUGAGUUUUCUAGAGUCCAUUGAUUUUUCUAGAAAUCAACUUUUCGGUGAAAUCCCACAAAGCAUUUCAAAGUUGACAUUUUUAAGUGUCUUGAACUUAUCCAACAACAAACUUUCUGGACCAAUUCCUUCAAGCACUCAACUACAAAACUUUAGUGCAUCUUCUUUACUGGCAAUGAACUUUGUGGUCCUCCUCUUUCUAAUAAUUGCACAAUGA